AUGGGAGGUUUUGAAGAUGAUGAACCGCCAUCAAAACGGGCAAGAGCAUCCUCAGUAGAAUCAGCAACUUUGUCAGACAUCCCCUGUUAUUCUAAACCCACUAAUCCUUUGGGAGGUACAAUGGCUAGACCUUUGACUUCCCAAGGGAAAGAAGUUAUGGUUGGUUCUAAAGGUUUAAUUAAGAGGGAUGAAUUUGUGAGGAUAAUCACAAAAUCUCUGUAUACUCUAGGAUAUGAAAAAACUGGAGCUGUUCUUGAGGAAGAAUCAGGUAUAACACUGCAUUCCCCACCAGUGAAUGUUUUCAGAAAGCAGGUGCUUGAUGGGAAUUGGGACAGUGCCGUAGUUACCUUGAACACACUUGAUCUUCUGGAUGAAAACAUUGUGAAGUCUGCAGUAUUUUUGUUAUUGGAGCAGAAAUUUUUUGAACUUCUGAGAAAUGGCAAUGUCAUGGGUGCUAUGAAGACGCUGCAAAGUGAAAUCUCCCCCCUUGGCAUUAACAGAAAAAGAGUUCAUGAAAUGGCAAGUUGCUUAAUUUCUUCUCCGCAAAACGUCUUGGUUGGUUUUUCAAAGCCUGGAAUUGAAUCUUCUAACUCACGGUUUAAGCUCCUAGAGGAAUUGCAAAAGGUGCUCCCCCCUACCGUUAUGGUACCUGAGAGGAGGUUAGAGAAUUUAGUUGAACAGGCACUUACUGUACAACGUGAAGCUUGUUAUCUACAUAAUUCUGUUGAUGGCCUGUCACUCUAUAUCGAUCAUCACUGUGGGAGAGAUCAGAUACCAUCUCAAGUGCUGCAGGUUUUGUGUGCACACAGUGACGAAGUAUGGUUUCUCCAAUUUUCAAACAAUGGGAAGUAUUUAGCAUCGGCAUCAAACGAUAAAACUGCAGUCAUAUGGAAGGUUGAUGAAGAUGGAGAACUAUUGCUGAAGCAUACAUUGACUGGUCAUGAGAAACCAGUGAUGAUGGUUGCAUGGAGCCCUGAUGAUUGCCAGCUUCUCACAUGUGGAAUGGAAGAAGUCAUCCGGCGCUGGGAUGUUGAAUCUGGCGAAUGUAUUCAUGUUUAUGAAAAAUAUGGCGUUGGUCUGUUGUCAUGUGGUUGGUUUCCAGAUGGAAAGCAAAUAUUGUCUGGUUUAAAUGAUCAAAGCCUUUGCUUGUGGGAUUUAGAUGGAAAACAAGCAGAUUGCUGGGAAGGGCAGAGGUCAACGAAAACAUCUGAUUUUGCUGUCUCAAAAGAUGGCAAACUUAUAAUAAGCACCAGUAGAGAUUCCGCAAUUCUGUUAUUCAAUAGGGACACAAAACAGGAGAGGCUGAUUGAAGAGGAGCAUACAGUCACUUCAUUUUCUCUUUCGGAAGAUGGUGAUUUCUUGCUUGUAAAUCUUGUAAAUGAGCAGAUUCAUUUGUGGAACAUAAGGAACGAUCCCAUUCGAGUUAAACGGUACACUGGCCAUAAGCGCAGCCGGUUUGUGAUAAGGUCAUGUUUCGGUGGAUCUGAGCAGGCCUUUAUUGCCAGUGGAAGCGAAGACGCAAAGGUCUAUAUAUGGCACAGAGCUAGUGGAGAUGUUAUCGAGACCCUGUCUGGCCACUCUGGUGCGGUCAACUGCGUAAGCUGGAACCCUACAAAUCCACAUAUGCUUGCAUCUGCGAGCGAUGAUCAUACCAUUCGCAUAUGGGGGCUAAAGAAAGCCACCGUGAAGCGAAGGGACGCAGGCAGCAGCAGCGGCAGUAAUGGGAUCCACAUGAACGGCAGCGCCAACGGCAACGGUUUCGUUCACCAGUGCAACGGGAGCCGCAGCAAGUGA